AUGGUCUUAAUUUCUUACAUGGCUUUAAACGAUAUAUGGGACGAAUCCAAAACUCCUUCAUCCGAGUCUCCGAUCAUUCAUAAUCAAUUAAAAUCUUAUAAUUUCAAACGUGGAAGUGGUAAUGUGAAAGGGAUUGCCACAACCUAUAACAAUUCUUCAGCAUAUGAUGCUGAAAGGAGGAAAGCUACCAUGGCAAAGAAUGGGUUACUCUUUAUGCGCGACUACAAGAUUAAAAGAGCAAUAGAGCAAGAAGCUUUUUUUAAUAGUAUAUCAUAUGAUAACCAACCAUAUUAUAACGAAAAUAUCUCGGCAAUAAUUUCUUACAUGGCUUUAAACGACAUAUGGGACGAAUUCAAAACUAAUUUCAAAUGUGAAAGUGGUAAUUUGAAAGAGAUUGCUAUAUAUUAUAACAACUCUUCAACCCCAACUGUAGCUAUAGGAUAUAUUGCAAAUGCUGAUCCUGACUAUAAUUCUCCCGGAAAUUUACAAUUUCUGAUAUUAAGCAGGGGGCAGUUUAUAAUAUUUGGGGUCAUAUUGAGCAAGAUCCAAUUUCAAGCUAGGUUGGUUCAAGUUCACUUUAUAAGAUAUGACAGAAAACAAAUUUAUUCUAUGGCAUCGCAUGAAUUUAUUGAGGAAAAAUUUAAGAGAGUAUCGAAUGAUGUUAAUUUUGUUUCGAGUUAUCAGGUUAUUGCUGCGUAUAAUGGCAGUCAAAGAGAUUCCACUGGUAUGAUUAAAGUUUGGGAUAUAAAUAGCAGAAAUAAGACAUGCCAUAAUAAACAAUCAAUCUCUGGUAGUGUUAGUUGCUUAGAUAUUUCACAUGAUGAAAAAUGGAUCACUUGCGGAACUACUGCUGAACUUAAUAAAGUGGGAGAUG